GCAAAGUUCUACUCCUUCAAGAUGUCCUCGCACGGCAGUAUCCGCGAGCCCCCGAACCCAUUGCAGUGGAUCUUUAGCUUGGAGACUCUCCGGAUCCAAGGAGGCCACGAUGCGGACAGCGUGAUAAAGUCAUGGAAUGAAAGUUCGGCCAAGUCGGACCGUUUGGUGGGAAGCAAGUUUCAGACGGUGACCAACCUCAUGAAGCUGCCAAGCGAGUGCCUGGACAAGCUUCGCUGGAUGGUCAACAAGGUUGGGUGGGCAAGCUUCUUGGCAAGAUGUAGCCCAUACUCGGACGACAAUCUCAGCAGCAAGAAGAUCUUGCCAGGCGCCGCCUUCAAGGGCGCGAAGACAAAGGGCAAGUGGGCGAAGCACGGCGCUGUCACAGCUGAGUCUGCGGCGCGGUGCUUUGAGUACAGCAACAGUGUCCACAACGCCGCCCCGCCAAAGCUGCGCGUCAAAGUCACCCGGGCCAUGAUGGAGAGACGCAGCGAGAUUUGCGCCUUGGCAGUUGCCUUGCGGGAUGAGAUCGCAGCCCAAAUUCCGGACAUCGAGGCUGUUGUGAACACCAAGUGGCUCGCCUGA